GUCGAGCGGAUGGCAUGAUAAGAAGUACACUCUAGCGUAAUUUAAGUGUAUGUAAUCUUUUUUCUGGUGGAUUGCUCAGGACGGGGAAGAUAACUUUCCAAUUUGACUCUUUUAUAUUUCAAAAUCUGUCUCUAUCUGUGUCCUUGUCUAAUCUAAAUCUAUGUCGCACACGGACAAGAAGCCAAGCCUUCCUGUAGUUUUGCCUUCAGAAUGAAACCAAACACACUUCCAGAUAGAGUUGGUGUGAAUUUUUUCUUAAAAGCCUAAUUCAUCAACACUCCUCUUUGGGAAGCAGGGAAAAAUUCUAACUUUAGUGGAGCUCCUUCUCUCUUACAAGGAUUUUCUUCAGGAUUUGAGUUACAGGUAUUUGUGGGAAAUGUUAGUUCUAAGUAUGAAUUCAAAAAGGCAGAGACGCCCAAAUGUUAGGUUGGGGGAAAUAGGGGAUGUUCCUGCAGCUUUUGCAUGUGGGUUCUCUCAGAAAACCAAGGAAAAUUUAGGGCUCAACAGUUAUGAAAAUGAUGUGCUGAACCCUAAUAAUACUGCACACAGUGACUUGUAUGGGUUUACUAUGCAAACUUCUCCUGAGUUUGUAGUUUUGGGCCCUGGUGUUUCUCCAAGGAUUCCAGCUGAUUUGCAGCAGAACAGAGAGAAUAAGAAUCCGAACUCUUCAAAAUCAGCUUUUGAAUUAGUGAAUUCAGAUGAAAUUGAUAUGACCAAGCUCAAAUUGAAUUUUGGUACCAUAACCAGGAAAUGUAGGGUCAUGAAGCGGCGAGGCCGUGGCAUCAAAGGGACUAGCAAUGUUUUUGGCAGUAUUUGGAGUUCUAAACUUAAACCCCAAUUUAGUAAUGAAGAUAGUAAGGAAUGCAGUGUAAAGGAUUUUGUGAGGUUUACUUCAGAUGAAUGCAAUGAAUAUUACCCUGAUAAUGGCUUUAAGGACUUGUCAGAUCACGAAACACCAGCUACAAGUAAAGAGGCUUAUGAGUUUGAUAUGGAUGGACCUGCUUAUGAUACAAGACAACAUAGGAACCCCAAUGAGUUUUGGCAGGGGGAUACUAGUAAUGAAGGGAAUAAUGCAUCUCCUGCAUCUAAUAAUACGUGGGAUGAGAUGAAAUCUGGGGGUUGUGAUGUAAAUACUGUCACAAGAUGGUUGGAGGAUCAAGGAUUUGGUAAAUAUGCUGGUGUAUUUGAAAUGCAUGAAGUGGAUGAGGAAGCUUUGCCACUGCUUACACUUGAAGAUCUCAAAGAGAUUGGUGUAUUUGCUGUUGGGCCUCGAAGGAAGCUCUACACUGCAAUACAGCAGCUGAGAAAAGGAGGCAUUUCUACUUGCCAAAAUAUUCAAAUGAAGAUGUAGGUAAUCGUUCUUGGUAUUACCAGCUCCCUUGUGCAGAAAAACGUCAAAGGUGUAUAUGCAAGUCUUUUUGGGACUCCUAACAUGUUUCUUCUUUUUUCUCUUUGUUAUUUCUGUUGAUAAGUUAACAUUGCCUGGUUUAUACUUUUUCCCUAUGGCUGUUUUGUAAAUAAAUCUUUUGCUCCUUAUGUGUCCCCAACUCCUAUGACAUGCUGACUUGUUAUUAUAAACUAAGCAUGCGAUUAUCAGUGGUUUGCUGCGACAGAAGUUUGUCUGGUGGUAAACAGCAAAAGGCUUUUGUAAGAGUUAGACUCUGUAUUUAGUUGCUGGUUAUCAAUAACCAACACUGGAAGUAUUUCUAUUUGUUA